AGUGACGUGGAUUUCCAUUCAACUCAGCGCUGCAGAUUCUCACACUUUUCCCAACAUUUUAUAUCUUUCUCAGCUCUAUUCCACCUUUAUUCUCCGUAUUUCGUCUCUCAAACUAUUUCACUUUUGUCCAUCUUUACUUUCAGACCCGUAAACUUCACAAAACGUCACAUUUUUCUCGUUUUUAAGCCGCUUCUGUCCAAAUCUGCGCUACAUCUGGUUCAUUCAAGUCUUUUUCCGCUCACGUAAAGUCUUUAAAUUAACUUAUUUUUUAUACGUUUCUUAUUUUUACGAGUAGAAUCAUGAGUAAAAACAAGUUAUUGAACAUUAAAGACAAAAUAGACGGAAAUGAAGUGGAUUUGAGCCUGUGUAACCUGACGGAAGUGCCAGUGAGGGAGCUGGCAGCUGUCCCUAAAGUCACUGUUGUGGAUUUGUCCUGCAACAACCUCACCAUGUUAACACCUGAGUUCUGUGGCCUGGUGCACCUGGUGAGGUUGGAGCUGAAUAAGAAUCGUCUGGAGUGUCUCCCUGAGGACUUCGGGAGCCUGGUGAACCUGCAGCACCUGGACCUGCUCGGAAACAGACUGACCGAGCUGCCGGUCAGCUUCUCCCAGCUCAGGAGCCUGAAGUGGUUGGACCUGAAGGACAAUCCUCUGGAGGCUGGUCUGGCCAAAGCAGCAGGAGACUGUCUGGACGAGAGGCAGUGCAAACAGUGUGCAGCCCGGGUGCUGCAGCACAUGAGAGGACUCCAGGAGGAAGUGGAGAAAAUCAGACAGAAGAAACUACAGAGAGAGAAGGAUCUGGAGAAAAAGCGUGAGGCGAAACAGAGGGAGCGUGAAGCGAGAGAGAGGGAGGUGAAGAAGAGAGAGAAGGCGGAGGAGAAAGAGCGACGCAGAGCAGAGUAUAACCAGCAGAUGGCAGCGCAGGCCGCGCAGGAGCAGCAGAAGAAGAGACAAGAGGAGAAGAAGAAGAAGAACGGGAAGGCUCCAGAUCAAAAGUCCUCCUCAGAUCCUCCCGCGAAACCAAAGCGCUCUGUUCUCUGGCUCCUCCUGAAGUUCCUGCUCCUGGUUUUCCUGGGAUUGUUCGCCACGGCCGCCGCGUGCCGCUUCUCAGACCUCAGAGACCAGCCCACGUGUCGAGAAAUCAACGUUUUACUCGACCAAAGUUUGUCCUGGGCCAAAGAUCAGAAGGUUCUAGUCCAAGAUCUGCUCCUCAACCUGUCGUCCAGCGCUAAAGAGUUCAUCGAAUCCACGCAGCAGCAGCUCACAGACAAAAACUAAACAAAAAGAAACACCUUAAAGGCCCGUAUUGCGCAAUUUUCUGAUCUGUUCUAAUGUUUCCUCAUCAAAAACAGACCUGGAGUUUUGUUUUUUUGUUUCAUUCACACAUGUUUAACACACAAACCUGCAGAUUUAGGAGUUCUUCUCUCAAACAGCCGUGGAAUCGCCAAACUUUGAACCAACAGCUAUUGUUUUAGCCUCAUUUAAACUGCUUCUCUUCUCAGUGCACCAGAACAUGUUAAAAAACUGGAGUAAACGUACAACAUGUUUUAAAAAGAGAACGACUUAUGGUUAUUCUAGUUUAUUGUGUCGUGAUUUUGUUCAACUGUGGCUUAAAGUAGCAGUUAACUUAAAAAAAAAAACACAACUCCGGGUCUGUUUUUGAGGAGGAAACCGCAUUAUAACACGACUUAAAUGCGUUCGAUAGUGGACCUUUUAAAGAAUCUUAUUUUUUUUUAUUGUCCUGAUUCCCGAAACACUGCAAAAAUCGUUCUACGGGAUUUAAAACGACGUCUCGGUGAGUUAAUCUUGAUUUGAAUCGUGAAAGAGUUUUAUGGAAAAUGAGCUCUAAUCAAACGCUGUGUGUGAUAUCGGUGAAAGAUCGAGAGGUUUAUGGCUGAAGCUGAUACAGAUUUUGUUUUUUUUGACCGAUAUAUAGGGACGAUUUUGAUUAUUUUCCCCUAAUUGUGUCAUUUAAAUUUACUACAAACUCACAAACCUUUGAGAGCCGUGUGUCACUAAGUAGUUUAGCCUUUUUUUUAACCAAUUUUAAGGCCAUUAAACGUUAAAUAUCGGUGUGAUAUAUUGAUUGGUUGAUAUAUCUGGCCGUCUAAUAUCGGCAUCAGUGUUGGUUCCAAGAUAUCGAUUCAGCCGAUAUCCCGUUUGACCCCAUUUAGUUGCCGUAAUCAGACUUGGAUGGUCCUGAGCUUUUCGUUUUGAACUUUUCUUUACUCAAGUCCGUGGCGCAGUUUCCUGAUGGACAGAAAACAACCGGAUCAUUUCUGUCAAACAUUAUUCAGGUUUUUUUUCAGCAGAUUCUAAAAAAACAAAACGUUAAUUAUGAAAAAGCAGAAUCGUGGCAUCUGUAAAAAAAUAUAAUCACAGACGAUGUCGUUUCUGCAAAUCGGAUUAAGGUGAUUUUUGCGACUGAUUUAAAAAACGUAAUUCGAAGUUUAAUGCUCAGUCGAUGGAAGAAAAAUCAGAAUUUGAUUUAAAAGUGAUUAUUAAAUGUUUAGAAAUGAGACGAUGGGGAACAAAUAUCAGUCAAAUAAUCAAGGGCGUGUUUGUUUUAACCAGGAGAGACCGAACUGUCGCCCAAAUGAUCGUAAACAGAUCAACUUUUUUCUUAUUUUUUGGCAAAUUUACGCAGAUAUAAGUACCGUGUUUUCCGAAAUAUAAGUCACACCAGCCAAAAAAUGCAUAAUAAUGAAGAAAAAAAAACACAAGACGCACUGGAGUAUGUCGCGUCUGAGUAUAAGUCGCACCUCUGGCCAAAUUAUGAAAAAAGUGCAACUUAUAGUCCAGAAAAUACAGUAAUUCUUCUACAAACUCAACGACGCACAGCUCGUUGUGACGCAGACGUAAAACGAAUGUUCCAGACUUUAAUGAAAGAUUCCCGUGGCUCAUUUUCACUGCGUCGUCCGAACGGCUCACUCUUUACAUUUGUGGCUCUUUGGUGAAUCGUUCGGGCGGCUCUGGUCCAAACUGCAGCUCGUCUCAAAUCAAGAUGGACGUCCCUGAAGCGUCGUUUUAGACCCGCGUGGAGAUGUUUGUCAGUGCGCCGUUUUUUUGAGGUUGUCAUGGGGAUGGAGGGAUGAUCAGAAAUUCCUAUGGAAUUGUGGCUCAGUCUGUUUUUAUAAAAUCGUGUUUGUAGAUUCAGAGCAUGUGUUUAUGACCAGCAGGGGGCGCACGGGGCAGACGGUUCUUUUAGAGUAAGGCCCAAAGCUACACAUGUAUUUUUAUAAACGCUCAGAUUCUCCUUUCAAAAAUGUUCAUGGCAGUUAUUAAAGCUGCACUAUGUAACUUUUCUGGUGGAGGUCCAUCUGUUUGUCGCCACGGAGAUGUUACCGCUUCGCUUGAAAUGUUCCGCAGUGUUAGUGUUGUUACGAUGCUAAAAAUUUCAAACGAUACGACGAGAUUUUUUUCAGCAUUAAACAGCGGCGCUUUCUCCUGCUCGUCUCCGUGGUGAUGUACGUGUUUAAUGCCAUACCGUGGAACACUCCAGGCACAGCGCUGACGUUUCCUUGGAGAUAAACACGUGGCUGACUUUAAACAGAAAAGUUACACAGUGCAGCUUUAAAUAACCGCUUGGACAAAACGAAAAUGUAAAAUAAAACGAUGAUGAAAUCUAUAUUUUUAAAAAACCUUCAAACAGUAUUUUUAAAUAACAUCACGGAGCUAAACCUUUUUUUUUUUUUUUUUUUUUUUUCUGCGGAAUAAACGAGCACCUUCUGAAUCUGUGCGAAUGUCAGUAUUUACCACAGAUCUGUACUUUGACUGUCCACAAGGGGGCGCUGGAAGCUGUGUCGUUUCCACUUUAAAUGUGCUUUUGGCUCAGCUUUAAUUUCAAUAAAUGUCUAUGCACUG